AUGGCAAUUUCUUUGGGUGUAUCAUCGAGCUUAUUAGUAGGGGAUAAGGCGUCGUUGGUGAAGUUUUCUUCUGCUACUGUUAAGCUCGCUCCGUCUAACCUGCGCACUGUUCGCAAGGUGACUUUAGCUGCCACGUCGAAGCCUUCUACCGAGACCAAGAAGCGCGAGCCGAGAGGCAUUACAAAGCCGCGCCGUGUCUCGCCGGAAAUGCAGGCGUUCCUUGGUGGCGUCACUGAAAUUCCCCGCACUCAAGCUCUUAAAGAGAUUUGGGCUUACAUCAAACAACACGAUCUUCAGGAUCCUGCUGAUAAGAAAGUCAUUAUCUGUGAUGAGAAGCUGAAGCAAAUUUUUGGAGGAAGGGAUCGUGUUGGGUUCCUUGAGAUUGCUGGUUUGCUUAAUCCUCACUUUCUUAAAUAA